AUGGAGCAAAUUGGCGGCGCCGCGGCCGCCACACGUUUCCGCCGCCAGCACCACCACAAGCCCGCUGAGAGAUUCCUCGGGGUGCUGCAGCCUCAAUCCCCCUCCACCGCACCGCCUAUCGAGCUCUCCGAAGACGACAUCUUCAGCACUCCGUCGGGCUGUUCCUCGCCUCCUCCGCCAACUCACCGGAAUCUCAAUUCCACCGCCUCCGCCGUCCGUAGCGACCACCGCAAUCACUACGGCAUCCUGGCGGCUCUGAACGGCAGCAUCGGGAGCCGAUCCGGAUCCGAACACGGCAUCCAGCCCGUGUUCAACCACAAGGCCUCAAUCGCAGCGUCAAUCUCCUCCUCCUCGUCGGCCUCGGCCUCUCCCGCCACGCCUCUCUCGUCGUCUCGGAUGCUGAUUCCGCGGCCGCCGCGGCCGCGAGCAGAUAGGGUGCGGGUUUACCAUCAAUCGGCGCCGGUGAACAUUCCGGUGAUGCCGCGGGCGCUGCGGAGGAGGGCGAUGGAGCAGGACGACGCCGUUUCUGAAGGAGAGCAGGAGGAGGAUGAUGGAGUGAGGUUGCCGCCGCACGAGGUGGUGGAUUCUAGGCAGUCGCCGUUGCUUGCGUGCUCGGUGCUGGAGGGGGCUGGACGGACCUUGAAAGGGAGGGAUCUCCGGCAGGUGCGCAACGCUAUUUGGCGAAAGACUGGUUUCAUUGAUUGA